GCUUCAAUACAAACAAAUCGUAAUGUUAGCCACAAUCAGUUUUCAACUAAAAUAUCCCUAAAUUUUAAAAAAACUUGUCGUUAAAGAAAAUACGAAUCUGGAUUGUUUUAAAAAAUGGGGGACAACAAGGAAAAUUAUAUUGACAGUGUUAUAAUAAGCUCCCCAAAACCCAGUGCAACAUCAACUGUAAUGAAAAAAGGAAAGAAAAAAAUAGGAGAAAUGGACAAUUCUUUAGGGAUAUUAUCAAUAAGCAAUGCAUCUUCUGUGUCUGGGUUUAAUUUAUUGAAUGAUGAAAGUAUAAGUAAAGAUUUGGAAGAACAAAGAAAUCUUGCCUUGAAAUCAUUAAAACUUGCUGCUAUUCCAUCUAAAUAUAUUCGUCCUAGCUCUAAAAACGAGUCUAGUUAUAGUUGUGCUGAUGCAAGUAGUACUAUAAAUGAAAGUGAUUUCUUAGGUACUUCUAAUGGCCGUUCUUCUUCUUCUGGUUUUAAAGAUUCAAGACAAAGUAUGGGUCAGGCCGUUUCCAAUUUAUCAAUGAAGUUAACCAACCCUGAAUUUACCUUGGAAAAUUUUAUUAAGGAAUUUCAUCAGUCAUUAAAUUUGUCAGGAGGAAUUGAGGGGGAUAGUGCGAUGUUUUCCAAUUCUGAUGUUAAAGAUCGGAUGAUGACAGAUGAGAUUUCUUGGAGGCAAAAACAUGAAUUGCCUGUGAAGAACGAGAGUUUUUCCAUGAUUGCUGAUGAGAAAAUGUCGAUGACUGAUUUUUUUAAGCAACGCUCAAAUGCUAUUUCUGAAUUAAAAGUAUGUGUGAGUCCCAAACGAAGUAAACCUAUCUGUUUAUUGGAAGAAAAAGAAUCAAUAUCAAGUAAAUAUAAUACGGAAGAAGUAUGUAGAGAUUUUGUAGGAAAACAACCAAAAAAUACCACAUACACCACACCAAAUUACACUACACCAACUAACAUUAGAUCCAUUAGGCAUGAAUCUAAUUCAAUUAAAGAUGAACAAAUCCCUUCCAUAAGUCAAAUUGGCAACUUAUUAGCACAAACAUACACACCCAAUAGAAUAAUGAAUAUGCUUUUGGCUGAGCCAAAAGAUGCUCCUAGAGAUAGCAUAAGUGAAGAAUGUGAUUUGCCAGUUAGUAAAAACUCAUCUUACACCAGCAAUUAUUCUGAUAAUGAAGUGAUGAGGCAAAUAAUGAAGCAAGAAGUUCCAUCUGCAUCUGAGUUCACCAAUGAACUAUCCAGUAUCAAGACAUCCUCAGUUGGUUGUCCAACAAUGAGCAAAGUUUAUUCUUCUUAUAAUUCCGAAGAAUCCAAUGAAGCAGAGGAGAAUCCCAAAGUUGAACCACAUACAUUGGAAAACCAAAAUUUGGAUUCAAAUUCCAGCAGAACUUCCAGUAGUCUCUCCAACCUGGUUAGUGGCAAACUACCCCUGGAGUCCACUAAGUUUGAGCUCACAUUUGAUUGUGUGAAAGUUGGCAAAAGUGAGACCCUAGACUUUUUAUUAAGAAACAAAUCACCUAAAUCCAUUAGAAUCCUAGCAAAAAUAAGCGGAAAUAAUUUUAAGAUUCGGAAAGAUGGGUUUAGCGAGUCUGAAUAUUUACCUGCCGCCAAAAUAUAUUUACGCGGAAACGAGUCGAGGCAAAUUAAUAUUACUUUUAUGCCAACUCAAUUUGGGGCUGCCCAUGAAAAAUUGCUCUUUACCUCGUUGGAUUUUCCUGAACAACAAUCGAAAAAGGAAUGCAUUAGGCUUUUUGGGUAUGGUGGUACUGCUCAUGUGGAUAUGUAUGCUGUACCAAAGGAUUUGUCAGGGAAAUUUUUUAUCAAUCUUGGAACAAUUGAUUCUAAUAUAAUCUUAAAGAAGUUUACUGUUAAAAACAAUGGCAAUCUAGGGGCUUUUUGCUUUUUUGAUUUUUCAAAAAAACACUUGACUACUUUCACAAAUGUCGUCAUAAAGCCCACGUUCUUUUGCCUCAAUGCGGGGGAAGAGAAAAAGGUCAUCCUUACUUAUGAAUCUUCAACUCAAGACCAAAAGUUUCUUCAAUCCUGCAAAAGCCUUGUCCUGGAAAUAGGCACAAUAAAAAUGAUUUCAGGAUCUGAAGUUAACAGGGGGAGGCUUAGAAAUCUGUACAAAAAAGCAUUGGAAAAAUCAAAAGAAAUAAAAGCUGAUCCAUUUUGUAAAGUUCUUGUGGAAAAACUUGAAGGGGAAAUAAUUCCUCAUGACUUGAACAAAAUUAAAGAUUCCCCUCAUACCUUAGAUGAUAUAAUGCUGAUGUUUAAAUACAAUGAGAUUGUUGUUACCAUUGAGCAGGAUCCUGAACAAACCCUUAUGCCUCAAUUACACGACGAAUCCGAUUUAUAUGGCUCGUUAUGUCACGAAAAUACAGUAGUGGACAACUCUAUGUAUCAGAAAAAUAUGUGUAAAUUAGAACCGGAGUUGAUAAUAUUAUCUCCGCCUAUAAAGACCGAGGACUCCAUCUUUUUAAUUUCCGAAUAUGCUAAGAUUGUGCACUUUGAAGCCCAAUCCAACCCUCCUGGAUUGGAAAUUAUUCCAAAAGAAGGUGCCCUUUCUCCAGGCCAGACUGUGAUUUUAAAGGUUAAAUAUUCCAAGUGCUUGUCACAAAAACAAGCCUAUAAAGUUCUUGUUUAUGUAGAUAAUGCGGUACUGGAAGUUGGUGUAAAAGUAUUUUUUAUUGGAAAGACAAAUUUAUCCAGUACUUAAUUUUAAUUUAUUUGUUGUUUUGAGGUUUUAAGUACUUACGUUUUUAAUUUUAUGGUUUUAAUUGUUUUAUACAUGUAUACUUAUUUUUUUGUAUUUUUAUUCUAAUUAAAUUAGUUAUUCUUUUA